CUUUUCUGUUACUGGAAGGAAUAAUAUUUUUAAUUACUUAGGCAUUUCCCAUUUCUCUUACCUGCAGAACUCCGGAAAUUGGCCUCAGUCCUUGUCAGUGACUGGAUGGCUGUCAUCCGCUCCCAGAGUAGUACUCAGCCUGCUGAGAAAGAUAAGAAAAAACGUAAAGAAGAGGGAAAGAGUCGAACCACCCCUCCUGAGCGACCCUUGACUGAGGUGAAGGCUGAAACCCGGGCAGAGGAGGCCCCAGAAAAGAAGAAGGAGAAGCCCAAGUCUCUUCGAACCACAGCACCCAGUCAUGCCAAGUUCCGUUCCACUGGGCUAGAGCUGGAGACCCCAUCCUUGGUACCUGUGAAGAAGAACGCCAGUGCAGUGGUAGUUUCUGACAAGUACAACCUUAAACCCAUCCCCCUCAAGCGUCAGAGCUCCUUUUCUAACAGCCCUGCAGCUACUCCAGGAGAUGCCACCCCCCCUGCAGAGAAAAAAUACAAGCCACUCAACACAACACCCAAUGCCACCAAAGAGAUCAAAGUGAAGAUCAUCCCACCACAGCCUAUGGAGGGCCUGGGCUUUCUGGAUGCGCUCAAUUCAGCCCCUGUUCCAGGCAUCAAAAUUAAAAAGAAGAAGAAAGUGCUGUCACCUACAGCUGGCAAGCCAAGCCCCUUUGAAGGGAAAACGAACACAGAACCAAGCACAGCCAAACCUUCUUCCCCAGAACCAGCACCUCCCUCUGAUGCUGUGGACACAGACCGUCCAGGGACCCCAGUUCCCCCUGUUGAAGUUCCAGAGCUCAUGGAUGCAGCCUCUUUGGAGCCAGGAGCUCUGGAUGCAAAGCCAGUGGAGAGUCCCGGAGAUCCUAGCCAAUUGACCCGGAAAGGCAAGAAGAGGAAAACUGUGACGUGGCCUGAGGAGGGCAAACUGAGAGAAUAUUUCUAUUUUGAACUGGAUGAAACUGAACGAGUAAAUGUGAAUAAGAUCAAGGACUUUGGUGAGGCAGCUAAGAGAGAGAUAUUGUCAGACCGACAUGCAUUUGAGACGGCCCGGCGUCUGAGCCAUGACAACAUGGAGGAGAAGGUGCCCUGGGUCUGCCCCCGGCCCCUGGUUCUGCCCUCACCUCUUGUCACACCUGGAAGCAACAGCCAGGAGCGAUAUAUCCAGGCGGAGCGGGAGAAAGGGAUUCUUCAGGAGCUCUUCCUGAACAAGGAAAGUCCUCAUGAGCCUGAUCCUGAACCCUAUGAACCUAUCCCUCCAAAACUCAUCCCCCUAGAUGAGGAGUGUUCCAUGGAUGAGACUCCGUAUGUUGAGAGCCUGGAUCCUGGGGGGGCUGGUGGCUCACCUGAUGGGGCAGGCGGCUCCAAGUUGCCUCCUGUUCUAGCCAACCUCAUGGGAAGCAUGAGUGCUGGGAAGAGCCCCCAGGGUCCUGGAGGAGGAGGCAUCAACGUCCAGGAGAUCCUCACCUCCAUCAUGGGUAGUCCAAACAGUCAUCCCUCAGAGGAACUGCUAAAGCAGCCAGACUAUUCAGACAAGAUCAAGCAGAUGCUGGUGCCUCAUGGACUCUUAGGCCCUGGGCCAAUAGCCAAUGGUUUCCCACCAGGAGGCCCUGGGGGCCCUAAGGGCAUGCAGCACUUUCCCCCUGGACCUGGGGGACCUAUGCCAGGCCCCCAUGGAGGAGGCCCUGGGGGCCCUGGUGGGCCAGUGGGUCCACGUCUUCUGGGUCCUCCACCGCCUCCCCGGGGAGGCGAUCCCUUCUGGGAUGGCCCGGGUGACCCCAUGCGGGGGGGCCCAAUGCGGGGAGGUCCAGGACCUGGUCCUGGACCAUACCACAGAGGCCGUGGUGGCCGAGGAGGAAAUGAACCUCCUCCUCCUCCUCCAUUCCGAGGGGCCAGAGGAGGUCGCUCUGGAGGAGGACCCCCAAAUGGACGAGGGGGCCCUGGUGGAGGCAUGGUUGGAGGUGGGGGACAUCGUCCCCAUGAAGGCCCUGGCAAUGGCAUGGGCAGUGGCAGUGGACACCGCCCCCACGAAGGCCCUGGCAAUGGCAUGGGUGGUGGCCAUCGCCCCCACGAAGGCCCUGGCGGGAGCAUGGGUGGAAGUGGGGGACACCGUCCCCAUGAAGGCCCUGGCAGUGGCAUGGGCAGUGGCAGUGGACACCGCCCCCACGAAGGCCCUGGUGGGAGCAUGGGUGGAAGUGGUGGACACCGCCCUCACGAAGGUCCUGGACAUGGGGGGCCCCAUGGCCACCGGCCUCAUGAUGUCCCUGGUCACCGAGGCCAUGACCAUCGAGGGCUACCCCCUCAUGAGCACCGUGGCCAUGAUGGCCCUGGCCAUGGAGGAGGGGGCCACCGAGGGCACGAUGGAGGCCACAGCCAUGGAGGAGACAUGUCAAACCGCCCCGUUUGCCGGCAUUUCAUGAUGAAGGGCAACUGCCGCUAUGAGAACAACUGUGCCUUCUACCACCCGGGUGUCAAUGGGCCCCCCCUGCCCUAGGGUCCACCUGCCUCCCUGCCCACACGUACCCCUGUGGACUGCAGCCUUGCUCCUUGCACCUGUUAAUGGCUUCUGUGAGGCCCACUUUCCCCAGCUGAUGAGGAGCCGGCCCCCUCCCAGUUCCCACCUGCUUGGUUCCUGGGUGUUUUCUGAUCACUGGUGCACGUUGAUGUACGUAUUUCCUCCAGUCUGGGGAGGAGAGAGACUGGACAUACUCUGUAUCCUGGACUGCUGAAGAGGAGACCCAGUUGGCUUCACUUUUUGAGGAGAUUUACCCUGUAACCCCAAACCUCUUCUGCCUGAGAACCUAAAUCUGGUUAUCCUGGAGAACACCUCUGCUUUCCAUUGGGGGUCCUCCACAUGCACACAGAACUGACAUGGGAUCACCUGCACUUAUGAAAUAAUCCUAGCCAAGCUCCUUAAUACCCAGGAGGUGGGGAGAUGGUAAAAGGGAUAUUGUAUAUCCCACUGCACUGAGAGGGCUCAAUCAGGCUGGAUUUGAGUUCUGGAACACAUCAUCCCCACUUCUCCCCCAGCACAGUCUUUACAUUCUGAAUCCUCUCUCAAGUAAGACUUCGCAACUUUCUGUGAAGACCCGUGUCUGCAUCAUGGGUCUGCUAGGUUCGAUGAUGGCAAAUUAAUGUUUGUGUCCAGUGAAAGUUUUAGCUGGAAUAGGUGAGGUGGGUGGUGUUGAUCCACCCUUGCCUACAGCUCAUUCUGGAAACUUCAUAAAAGACUUAAGUGAGACCAGCUUUCCAUCAACUUCAGCCUGGCACGCCGGGCCUAACAGUCACACUACAUGCACUGCCUUUGGGAGUUAGCGCGCUCCUUACCGCCACCUGGAACCUUGUGGGUGUGAGGCCUCCACCUCCCUUGUCCUGUCGUCCACCUCAGGAUCCCCACCAGGUGCUUUCCUGGGUGGGGUCAACAAGAUGUCUUGCCCUUUCCCAGCCCCUUCCUUCACUGUCUUGGCAUCAGUUGUUUUCUAUGAAAACAGUGGAUUGGUUGGGUUUUGUGCAGGGUCUUGGGUUAGAACCACAAUGGAUUUGAGGAUGAGUAUUUUCUUUUUCUUUCGGUUUUGUAUAUUUUGUACAUUAAUAAUAAACAGUGGAAAGAGAAGCUUAUUGAA